UUCCCCCAGCCCACUCAUCUGAUUCCUCCGACCCCUUCUCGUCUCUUCUGACCCUGGUUUUGCGGUGCACGCGCCGCGAUCGUCCGAGCUUUUCCUUGCCGGGAAGGUGCCUGGGUUACUCCGCCGCGGAUCCAUCCGCUAGGGUUUCAGAUCAACUACGGGGAGGAUAUUUUCCAGCUGAUUGACAUCCGUUAAUCCGUUGUCUUUCAGUGUACACCGUCAGUUUGUUCGUCCGAUUCUGCUAAUUACCGAGAAAAAUCCAGCUUCCAUCAUCCUCGCUGUUGAUUGACGAGACUGUUAGUGCAUUCUGAGGACUUGAGCUCCACGCAGAAUCCACCCGCGAGCUCUCGGCUACCAUGUCCAUGGAGGUGGCUCUCGUGAGUGUGGCGACGGGGGUCCUCAAACCAGUCCUGGAGAAGCUGGCCACCUUGCUUGGCAAUGAGUACAAGCGGUUCAAGGGUGUGCACAAGGAGAUCAAGUCUCUCAGUCAUGAGCUGGCCGCCAUGGAGGCUUUUCUCCUCAAGAUGUCGGAGGAGGAGGAGGAUCUCGAUGUCCAGGAUAAAGUUUGGAUGAAUGAGGUUCGCGAGCUGUCCUAUGAUAUGGAGGAUGCCAUCGACGAAUUUACGCAAAGUGUCGGUGACAAAGAUGAAAAACCAGAUGACUUCAUUGAGAAGAUCAAGCACUCAGUAGGGAAGUUGGGGAAGAUGAAAGCUCGCCGCCGGAUUGGCAAGGAGAUACAAGACCUCAAGAAACAGAUCACUGAGGCGGGUAAAAGAAAUGCUAGGUACAGGACUGGUGUGGCUAUCUCCAACACUAUCAAUGCGACUGUUGAUCCUCGAGCUCUUUCUAUGUUUGAGCAUGCCUCAAAUCUCGUUGGAAUUGAUGAACCCAAGGCUGAACUAAUCAAACUAUUAGCGGAAGAGGAGGGAUGUAUGGUCUCCAUUGUUGGAUCUGGAGGAAUGGGCAAGACAGCUCUUGCAAAUCAAGUGUAUCAAGAGCUCAAAGGACAAUACAAGUGUCGAGCUUUCAUAUCAGUGUCACGAAAUCCAAACAUAACAAAUAUCUUGAGAACUAUCCUUGGUAAAGUUAGCAAUCAGCCUUACGCUGAUACGGAGGAAGGAAGUGUGCAACAACUGAUUAUCAAAAUCACUGAAUUUCUACUCGACAAAAAGUAUUUUAUUGUUGUUGAUGAUAUAUGGGACACAGAUACAUGGGAUGUUAUAAAGCAUGUAUUUCCCCCAACCGGGUUUGGCAGUAGGAUAAUCACCACUACCCGUAUAAAUGAUGUGGCUCAAUCAUGUUGUUCAUUCUUGAGUGGUCAUGUUUAUAGAAUGAAGCCUCUUAAUAUGGUGCACUCAAGACAAUUAUUCCAUAGAAGAUUGUUCAACUCCAAAGAAGAUUGCCCCUCAUACCUUAAAGAAAUUUCUUGCCAGAUCUUGAAAAAGUGUGAUGGCUUACCUUUGGCCAUCAUUGCUAUAUCUGGUUUGUUGGCUAACAAAGAAAAAAAAGAGUAUAUAUGGAAUCAAGUGAAAGAUUCUAUUGGUCGUGCGCUUGAAAGAAAUCCUACCAUCCAAGUAAUGAUGAAGAUAUUGGCACUUAGUUACUUUGAUCUGCCUCCUAGUUUAAAAACUUGUUUCUUAUAUCUGAGUAUAUUCCCUGAAGAUUCUGUUAUCAAGAGAAAGGGCUUGAUAAAGAGGUGGAUUGGUGAAGGAUUUAUUCAUAAAGAUGACAUAUAUACAGCCGAAGAGAUAGGAGAAAUGUGUUUUAAUGAGCUCAUUAAUAGGAAUUUAAUCCAACCUGGAGAAUUUGACAAAUAUAAUAAGGUGAUGAAUUGUCGAGUUCAUGACACGAUUCUAGAUUUCAUCAUAUCCAAGUCCGUUGAAGAAAACUUUGUCACUUUGGUCGGUGUUCCGUAUAUAACUAUUGGAACAGAACGCAAAGUUCGUCGGAUCUCUCUUCAAGUUGGCAAGAAAGGAAACUGUAUCACCUCAAUGAGCCAGGAAUUAUGUCAGGUUCGGUCACUUAAUGUGUUUGGGAAUUCUGCUUUAAUCCCUUCACUUGAUGAGUUUAGGCAUCUGCGCAUUCUGGACUUUGAAGGAUGCCGUGAAUUGCAAAAACAACAUCUUGCAAAAAUAGGGAGCAGGUUGUUUCAGUUAAGGCACCUAAACCUCCGGAAGACAAGAGUGAGUGAGCUCCCAGGACAAAUAGGACAUCUAGGUUGCUUGGAGAUGUUGGACCUGAGAGGCACCAGUGUACGGGAAUUGCCUGCAUCCAUUGUUAAUCUCGGAAGGUUGAUACAUCUGUUUGUUGGCAUUCGUGUUAAAUUUCCUGUUGGAAUUGCAAAGAUGCAGGCAUUGGAAACAUUGAAACGGGUGUGUGUCAUCGAGCAACCGUUUAACUUUCUGCAGGAACUUGGGCAGCUUAAGAAUUUGCGGAAGUUGGUUCUUUACUUUGGAGGUGAUGCUUCCAGCUAUGUUGAACGAGAAACAAGAGCCAAGAAGGAUUUAAUUGCAUCUUCUCUCGGUAAACUAGGGAUACUGAACAAUGUGAGUUCUCUAACUAUUUGGAAAGAUGAAUGCAUCUUCUUAGUGGAACCGUGGUGCACUGCCCCGUUUGACCUCCAAAAACUAAUGGACCAUGAGCAAGUCUUCCAGCAAGUUCCGAAUUGGGUGGGAUCUCAUGUAUGUCUCCAAGAGGUACUAUUUAAAGUGGAGGGGUUCACGCAGGAAGAUGUGUGCAACCUUGGAUCCCUGCCUGCUCUGCUUAUUCUGAAUCUGACAGUAACAGCAAGAGGCAAGGACAGGCUCAUUGUCAGUGAUGCAGUUGGGUUCCCAUGCUUGAGGGAGUUACGUUAUCAUAGGGUACAGUUUGGAGGGAUGGAUUUGUUGUUUGCACCAGGAUCCAUGCCCAAGCUAGAAAAACUCGAUAUUGGUCCAUUCAACGCAGGAGAAUCUGACUCUCUCAGCAGUGAAUCUUUCGAUCUCGGAAUCGGUAACCUCCCCAGCCUCAUUAGUCUCAAAUGUGAAGUACGUGGCUGGCUCAGCAGUGCUGUUUCGGCUGCAAGGGCUUACUUGGAGAAAACAGCCAGGACACACCCCAACCGCCCUAGUCUAUUGCUUGCAUAAAUAAAUAAAUAUACACAUGGUGAUGCUUAAUCGUGCCACCCUGCCGUUUGAGCUUGGGGUACAACUAGGUAUGCAGGACGCUGCAGCUUCAAGAAUUCAUCAAUUCAUUUUGUGUGGUAGAUCAGUUCAUCAUUUCUUGCAAUAGGCGUGUUGAACUUCCUGCUGACCUGCAGUGCGUAUGGCUCUCUAUUUUUCAGAGCAGCUGAUGAUAAUGUGUAGUCUCCUGGCCGGUGUUGGAACGGAGACACUUUCUGUCCUCAAAGCCGAUGGUGUUGGACAUCAGAAUCAUUUCAACCAGUUCUCGAAGCUUUCUUUAAACUCAGAGACAUCUAUACAAAGUUUGAACGACAUAUGAUUCAUUUAGUUAUGUAAGCAUUGUCAUUAUUGAAAAAGUUAUCUAAGCAUUGUACUGAUAUUAAUUGGAGAUUUGAGCUAGACCUAUGCAUGUGUUUUUUUUAAUCAUAACAAGGAGUUGUAGGCAGCUUAAGCAAUGCCGAGCUGUUGAAUUUCGUUGGACAGCCCUUUUGUGAGCUCUCUGUCAC